UUAGGCUGCGCACGUAUUUCGUCAAAGCAAAACAUAAAAGUUUCCUUUGUGCCAAGUCGGAGUGAUACUCGGAUAUAUCGCUGUCUUCCGUUCAGACAUAGCCGAGUUUCUCGCGGCUUUUGUCUCUCUUUCUGAAUCAAAACUGUCUAAAGCAACAAAUCUGUCUUCUUUUUCCCCUUGUACAGCUAAAAAUCCAUUCUCAAAGCAAAUCAACUAAACCCACAAGCAGGGAAUAUGCCCGACCUUUAUUAGCUUCCUCUUGACUAUGGAUUUUGUUAUUUGAUCAAUGAUCACAUAGUUGAAGACUAAAAAUUCUUUCUUAUUUGUUGCAUUCAAACAUGAGUGUCUCUUUGACUGUAAUGACUUUUAAUCUGCAUGAAGAUCAACCAGAAGACAGCCCAAAUUCGUGGGAGAAGAGGAGGGAUUUGUGCAUAAGUGUCAUCACUAGUUACUCCCCUAUCAUUCUUUGUACUCAACAAGGCGUACAAUCUCAACUGGAUUAUCUUCAGCAGGGAUUGCCAGGUUAUGAUCAGUUCGGAGUAUCAAGAAAAGGGCCCCAGGACAGUUCAGAUGAACAUUGCACAAUCUUCUAUGACAAAGAAAAGGUAGAGUUGAUUGAAGGUGGAACCUUUUGGCUGUCCGAGUCACCUUCUGUUCCUGGCAGUACAUCAUGGGGUUCAGAAGUUCCAUGUAUCGCAACAUGGGCUACAUUCCAGCUUAAAGGAGUUGAGCCACCAGGAUUCUCAUUUCAGAUAGUGAAUACUAACAUGGACGAGUCCAGUCCUCGUGCCCGUAGACGAAGUGCUCUGCUUACAUGGCAACAUAUUGCAUCCUUGCCUCCUAGCUUACCGGUUGUGUACUGUGGAGGAUUUAACACACAGAAGGAAUCAACAACAGGGCGUUUUCUUCUUGGGAGAUCAAGAGAACAUGGUGUGGUGGGAGACAUGAGGGAUGUGUGGGCUAAUGCUCGGGUGAGGAAAAAUGUUUCCCUAAUACGAACUUAUCAUGGCUUCAAAGGUGACAAGCAGGGAGCUCUAGAAUUCCUUAAGUUGAUAUUUAGAGCGCUCUGCCUCUGCUGGGACCGCCAAACACAAGAUCUACACAUUGACUGGAUUCUUUUCAGGGGCAGAUCUCUAAUACCUUCUUCAUGCGAAGUGGUCAAUGAUAACAUCGACGGUUAUUACCCUUCCUCUCACUAUCCUAUAUUUGCCGAGUUUCUUCUUCCGCGUACCGUGAGAUUGAUAGAACCACCUACACAUACACAAGAGGACAAUUAGAAUGCUAUUUGUUUAUAAAUCGAUCUUAUCAUGUUUCCUCCCUUCUUUGUGUUUCAACUCUCGAUCAUGAAUCAUUUAUGUGUACAAGUAUUUUCAGCUGCUGUUUGACAUUGCCUUCUCAAUCCUCAUGGCCAGAAUAGGAGAAGGAAAGAAGCCAUUUCGAAUUUGAUUCCAGAUUGUGAACC